UUCAGUAAACGAAAGAUUACAAAACAAUGAAGCUGUUCGCACUGUGCUGUCUGCUGUUCGCUCUGCUGGGAUGCCUGAUCUCGCCCAGCCAGGGUUCGCCAUCUCGCGGAUCUCCCAGUCCUGGAGGAGCUGGAGGAAACCCUUUCAGGUCGCCGCCUGCACCACGUCCUUUCAUCUACGAUUCGCCAGUGCGUAGACCAAGUCAACCCAAGACCAUGUACGCUUAGAACAACAAAAUGUAACUUCAUAAAAUUGCCAAAAAUAUAUAAAGAAAUA